AUGCACAGACCCGGAGUCCAGGGGACUGCGUUCUCAAUCGAUUCCCUCAUCGGGAACCAUCAGCCCAGACCGGGACACCUGCUCUACACGGGCUACCCCAUGUUCAUGCCCUACAGAUCUUUGGUUAUUCCGCAGGCUUUAUCCCACUCGCCUCUGACCUCGGGUAUUCCUCCACUUGCGCCUUUGGCUUCCUUCGCGGGACGGCUCACCAACACGUUCUGCGCCAGCUUGGGACAGGGGGUGCCCUCCAUGGUCGCCCUCACCACAACCAUGCCGAGUUUCUCGGAUCCGCCGGACAGUUUCUAUCCACCACAGGAGCUCCCCGGUCCGCGUUUAAGCGCAGCCGACCCCGGGUCGAGGAGGCAGGACAGUCCGCGCUCUGAGGAGCUGCACGGCCGCGACAAGGGCUCCGAUCUGCUCAACUUCUCGGAAACUUUUCAGACAAUAUCAGGUGAGACCAAACUGUACAGUUCAGACGACGAGAAGCUGGACCUAAAAUCCGCGGACACCGCGUGCAGCGACCGGGAGGACAGCUCCGUGGACAGCGAGAACGAGAGCUUCUCGGACGGGAACAACUGUGGCUCCCUGACCCAGAAGAGCAAACUGAAAGCCGGCUCGCAGGAGGCGCUGCCCCCCGGCAGCUCGGCGGGGAAGAGCCGCAGGAGACGAACAGCUUUUACCAGCGAGCAGCUGCUGGAACUUGAAAAGGAGUUUCACUGUAAAAAGUACCUUUCUCUGACUGAGCGCUCCCAGAUCGCGCACGCACUCAAACUGAGCGAGGUGCAGGUGAAGAUCUGGUUUCAGAACCGCAGGGCCAAGUGGAAACGGAUCAAAGCCGGCAACGUCAACAACCGCUCAGGAGAACCGGUGCGAAACCCCAAAAUCGUGGUGCCCAUCCCCGUGCACGUCAACAGGUUCGCCGUGAGGAGUCAGCACCAACAGAUAGAGCAAGGGACCAGGCCAUGA